UAAACAAAGUAGUACAUCUGGCUCCGGCCGGAAAACACAAACUAUUAUCUACACGAACAGAUAUUCUUAGAUUCGGAUAUAAUAGCUUUUCAAAGAAGAGAAUUGGGUCCAACUUAAAAGAUAUUCUGGGAUAUUUGCCUGUUUACCAGAACACCAGAGAUGACUCUGCUGUGGUUACUGCUGUUCACCUCAGCUUCCUCGGUUGUCAUGGUUCCUGAUAAGCCCAAGAGAUCAGCCCUGAACCAGCUCACCAGAACCUUGUUACGCAACUAUGACAGAGGUGUGAGGCCGGUCCAGAACUGGACCAGUCCCACCCUCAUCUACAUUGACCUCCUCCUGCAGUCCCUCCUGGAUGUGGACGGACAUACCCAGAAAGUCACCACAAGCAUCUGGUAUCGGCAGAUCUGGACGGACGAGUUCCUCGUCUGGGAUCCAGAAGAGUUUGAUGGUAUCACUGAGAUCUCCCUCUCCUCUGAUGCCAUCUGGGUGCCUGACAUCAUCAUCAGCGAAUUCGUGGAUGCAGGGAAGUCUCCAGCCAUCCCUUACGUCUACGUGAACUCCUCCGGGACGGUGAAGAACUACAUGCCCAUCCAGGUGGUGUCGUCCUGCGCGCUGGAGCUGUACGCCUUCCCCUUCGACAAGCAGAACUGCAGCCUCACCUUCAGGAGCUGGCUUCACUCAGUGAGCGAGGUGGACCUGGCACUGUUGAGGAGUGCAGAGACAGUAGCCAAGGACAAGAGAAGCUUCAUGAACGAUGGAGAGUGGGACCUCCUCUCUCUGCCCUCCCGCUACUGGCAGCUCCACCUGGACGGCCGGGACUACGCUCACAUACAGUUUAACGUGUUGGUCCGCCGGCGCCCCCUACUGUACGUGGUGGGUCUUCUCAUCCCUAGCAUCUUCUUAAUGGUGGUGGACGUAAUCAGCUUCUACCUGCCCCCUGACAGCGGAACACGCAUCACCUUCAAGACCAGCAUCCUCCUGGGGUACACCGUGUUCAGGGUCAACCUCAUGGACGAGCUCCCAGCCACCACCCUCAAAACACCACUCAUAAGUGUGUUCUUCGCCGUGUGCAUGGCCUUGCUGGUCCUCAGUCUGGCCAAGUCCAUCCUGGUGGUGAAGCUCCUCCACCACAGCGAGAAGGAGGUGAAGGAGAUGUCUGUGUCCGCCUGCCUGCUAGACAAGUACGGCUCGUCCAGCCAGACCUUCCUGGAGAGCACCUUCACCUCCCUCAAAACCCUGGAUGACGAGGACCAGAGUGGGGGGUUUGAGUUUGACCUGGUCCCGGAGGAAGACCUGUUCUCCCUCAGCGAAGCCCCUGAAACCCCUCCCCGCCUGGAGAGAGUCCUCCAGGAGGUCACCUCCCUGCGUCUGCACCUCCUCCAGGGACACACCGACGACUCUGCCCAGGCAGACUGGCUGGCCCUCUGCUCCAAGGUGGACCUGAUCCUGUUCCGUGUGUACCUGCUGGUCCUGACGCUCUACACGGUGACCCUGCUGCUGCUCUGGGCGAGCUGGAGCUCCGUCUGAGGGUCAGGGUCAGGGGUCAGGGGUCAUUAGUAGAAUAAUCAUAAAUAUUUAUUAACAAAUAUGUGGUCGUUUAGAAUCUGAAUCUGGUUUAUUGGCCUGGUUUAUACACGUACAAGGAAUUUGACUCUGGUUUCUACAUUGCUGUCAGUGUGUUAACAUGUAUGUAUUUAGCAGGCUUUUAUGUCCAAGGCAAUGUGCAGAGGGGGAUUUGAACCUGUGGCCUCUUGAUCAGCAGUCAAAUGUUCUCCCACCGAGCGAUACCCAUCCCCCCAUAGAGCAGACUAGGAGCCCUGCCAUGAGGUUGAUGAUGCGGGAAUGGGGAAUGUGAAGGAAUUGGAAGGCACUUGACUGUAUUUACAUUUACAUUUAGUCAUUUUACAUUUUACAUUUAAACAUCUGCUAAGAUGGAAAAUAAAUUUCUAAACUCCCAACCCACAUGACAAUACAGUUGUGAAUUCUUACCUUUGAAGAGUUCAAUGCCAGACUGACAUUUAGUGACAUUUGUAUUCCGUACAUUUCUUGAGCUGAGAAGUCGUAUCGAACAUUUUCCCCUGCUAGUUCCGUGGGUAUAUUUUCCUUCACAUCAGUGUGAUGGUAUAAUUACCUGUUUAUGGCAAUGCUUUUGCUCCCUGAAAACGUACACAAAUCAAUAAAGAGCAUUCAAAGAGCAUUGCAUUUAGCUGUAUUCCCUAUUGGUUGACUAUGAAGAAAAGCUAUUUGAGCUACUGUGACACUCGCAGGGAACUAGGCUAUAUAAGAGUUUAUAAAAUAUUGACUAUACCGGCUCACAUUAACUU